UUUAUUGUAUAUCGAAUACAAAUUAUGUUGAAUGUAUAAAGGAUAGAAGAAAGGACGCACUGAUGGGAUAGACAUAUGGAAUAAAUACAGCGCUGUGACAUUCAUUAUAUACUGGGACUUGUGACCGUUUGACCACAACACAGUGAGUGAUUCAUAGUACAGGGAAACACUCGGAUGUCAGUACUCCGCUCUAUAACAACAAACGGAACAACUGACCGAGAUAAUUAAUCCGACCGGUGAACUUCCGGAGAAAUAUAAACUGGUGCAGUCAAUGUCGGCGCACUGUCCAUAGAACUACAUUGUCUAUUUUUUUUUUACUUUCUGUUCAUACAGUGAGAUAAUACGAUUUAUCAUAAGCUAGCUUAUCGAUCGUUCCGCAUUGACUACUUCCGAUAUAAGUGGGGAAUUUCUGCAGUUUGUAUCAGUCAGCAGUGAUAAGCGAUUUAACAGUAAGUAAUGUGAUUUGACAGAACAACACGCAUGGAUAAGGAUCAAUGCGGAAACGGCAUGUCGGCAAUGACUUCGACUGAACAAGGCGCCAUUGAGCUUACACGAAUCAAUGACAUCGAGAAAACUGCAGACCACACUUCUGAAUUUAUCUCCAAAAUUGAAAACAAAGCAGAGACUCUGUCAAAAUCAAAAUCAAAAUCUUCUAAAAGAAUAAAAUGUUAUCCAAGUGAGGCAGAAGUUGCAAAAGUAACAGAGGUGUUCCGAGAGAGGCUUGUUUUCACUUUUAAUCGCAAAAAAGCCAAAUAUCAAAGGAUUUUGUUGGAGUUAGGGGUGAACGCGCAGGCGCAUGGCGACGAGAACGAGGACGAUGAUUGUGAAGAUGAAAUGGAAAUAGUUGUCAGCGAAAAAUAUUCCAAGGGUCGAUGCAUUCGGAACUCUUUCCGACUUGGCGAGCACUACAGUUUCCGAAGGUUAAUCCGAGGCAUCUACAAUGCUUUUCAGAGAGUGAAAGCGAUGAGGCGACUGAAACCUAUGGAUUGCAUUCCAAAAGAAGAUUACGAGAGCGUACUAAAUGCCGUGUCCACAGAACUCUCUAUUGCGUAUGAAUAUCAGCUCGCGAUGCUUGCCGAUGAAACCGAGAUCAAUUCAGUGGCGGAUCAUGCAGUACGAUGCAUGUUAAAAUAUCUGAAGUCAGAUGACGCCGUAUUUAACCCCUCCAACCUAUUACAGGCGGUGAUAGAAGAUAGUCCUAGACAUUCUAUCAAGUAUUUUGACAGGGAACUCAAAACUAGAAUUGUGAAGAAAGACAACUUUGGGAUGCAUGUUUGUCAAAAAUGGCGGCUUUACGAUAUUCUAAAACAACCAGGCAUUCGCAUCAUAGACGUGGACACAGGGUCCGUGGACACAGGGUCCUAUCAGUAUUUCGGGUGUUUCACGCCUUUUGGUUUCAGCUGUCGGCCAGAUAAAUACGGUUUCCGUGGACCUUUACACAUAUGGAACGAAAACGAACGAAAAUAUACCCUAGUUCCGAAUGACAUGACGUCAUGUGUUUCAGUAAAGCGAAGGGAGAUAACUUUUAAUCCAAAUAAUGUGCACCAUAGUUACAGUCCAACACUUUGUUGUUGUCAUGACGAUGUAGAUGUAAAUGACGUCAGUGUAAGUGUUCAAGAUAAAACCCCUGAUGGGGUAGAUGUAUCUGCAGCUGAAUAACGUAUUCUCUUCAUUAGACAUUUGAUAAGUCUAAGAUUGUUUUGUUUUCUAGUCAUCUGGCUUUUACUGUUGAAUGUGAAUUUAUUAAUUUUAGGGGAAUUAAAUCCUUGUUGAUUUUUCAAUAAAGUUUAAA